CGAUUAUAUUCUAACCUUACUUUACUCUUCAACCACUUCCUGUUGUGAUUGUGUACAGUUUUUGUUUUUUUGAUUGUAGUACAUUGCAUCUAAUAAGCUUUGCAAAAUGGGACGCAAAGUCACUAUUGCUACAGCAACAUUAAAUCAAUGGGCACUUGAUUUUGAUGGGAAUCGCGAACGAAUUUUGGAAUCUAUUUUGGAAGCAAGAGAAAUGGGAGCUACCCUUCGAACAGGACCAGAAUUGGAAAUUUGCGGUUACAGUUGUGAAGAUCACUUUUACGAAAGUGACACGUUUCUACACAGUUGGGAAGUUUUGUUGGAGUUACUAACGGCACCUUUGUGCAAAGACAUUUUAAUUGAUGUUGGUAUGCCUGUGAUGCAUAAAAAUGUCGCCUACAACUGCAGGGUAGUGUUUUUAAAUCAGAAGAUUAUCCUGAUACGGCCCAAAAUGUACCUAUGUAAUGACGGAAAUUAUCGCGAAUCUCGUUGGUUUUCUGGAUGGCAAAAGCAUCGUGAAACUGAGGAGUAUUACCUUCCUCGAAUGAUUUCUUCAGUUACUGGUCAAAGUGUUGUGCCAUUCGGAGAUGCUGUGAUCGCCACUAGGGAUACAUGUUUAGGAUUUGAGAUUUGUGAAGAAUUGUGGGUUCCGCAGAAUCCUCACAUUGCCAUGUGUCUGGAUGGAGUCGAAAUAUUUUGUAACGGUUCUGGAAGUUACACUGAACUCAGGAAGGCCUAUAUCGCCUUUGAUUUGGUGAAAAGUGCCACGCUGAAGUGUGGGGGCUGUUAUGUAUUUAGUAAUCUGAGAGGAGGUGACGGUCAGAGAGUGUACUUUAAUGGCGGAUCAUGUAUAGCAGUCAAUGGUGAUAUAGUUAAUUAUUGCCAACAAUUUUCGCUUCAGGAUGUGGAGGUCAUUGCUGCGACAAUUGACUUGGAAGAUAUUAGAGCGUACCGUAAUGGUAUACGAUCGCUAACACAUUUAGCGGCGUCUGCUCCUUCGUAUCCCCGUGUCAACAUUGAUUAUUCUUUGUGUCCUCAGUUUGAUACCAUGUUACCAGUUUCAGUUCCUGUUGCGGUUCAGUACUUAACACCAGAGGAAGAAAUUGAAAAGGGACCAGCGUGCUGGUUGUGGGAUUACCUCAGGAGAUGCGGCCAAGGCGGUUAUUUCUUACCCCUGAGCGGGGGAGUAGAUUCAUCCAGUACGGCGCUAAUUGUGUACUCGAUGUGUUCCAUGAUUGUUGCUGCCGUUCAAGCGGGAGAUACAAAAGUACUUUCUGAUGUUCGAAGAAUAGUCGCCGACGGCGAGUAUGUACCAACACACGCAACCGAGUUGUGCAAGCGGAUGUUUGUGACUUGUUACAUGGCUUCUGAAAAUUCCUCAAAGGAAACGAAAAAUUACGCUGCUCUAUUAGCGUCACAAAUUGGAAGCUACCACAUGGUAAUAUCAAUUGAUCGAGUAGUAAGCGCCGUAUUGGAAAUCUUCAGUACAGCCACCGGACUGUUUCCGAAAUUUGCUGCAAAAGGAGGCUGUCCUCGUCAAAAUAUCGCCUUACAAAAUAUCCAAGCUCGAUUACGCAUGGUUCUGUCCUAUCUCUUUGCCCAACUGAUGUUAUGGGUACGAGGGAGACCCGGAGGUCUCCUAGUGCUUGGUUCUGCAAAUGUAGAUGAAGCCCUCAGAGGUUAUAUGACCAAGUACGACUGCUCAAGCGCAGAUAUCAAUCCAAUUGGUGGGAUUUCUAAGAACGAUCUGCGAUCAUUUUUAAAACACGCCAAGGAGAAAUUUAAUGUACCAAUCAUAAACGACAUACUCCGCGCGCAACCAACCGCCGAACUGGAACCUCUCACUGACGGAAAAAUUAUUCAAACUGACGAGGCGGACAUGGGAAUGACCUAUGACGAAUUAAGUGUCUUUGGAAAACUCCGUAAGCAACAUAAAUGUGGUCCAUAUUCGAUGUAUUGUAAACUUGUACAAACAUGGUCGAGUUGGUGUACUCCGAAAGAAGUUUCUGAAAAAGUGAAACAUUUCUUCAGAUGUUACGCCAUUAACCGACACAAAAUGACCAUUCUGACUCCAUCAUAUCACACUGAGUCGUAUAGUCCAGAUGACAACCGUUUUGAUCAUAGGCCAUUUUUGUAUCGAGCAAACUGGUCGUGGCAGUUUAGAGCAAUUGACAAACAAUUGGAAUGUCUAACGAACAUGAAGAAGUCUAAUUCUGAUAGCUUGCGCACUGGAAAUGCGAAAAGUGAGGCUGUUCCUCGGCAACGUGUAGGCAUUCAUGUGUAAAUUCUUGUUUUUAUUAUGUUUUUUAUUUGUUAUGUGGUGCUUUUUCUUAGACAUGUUACAUCUUUUAUAUGUACACUACCUUGAUGGUACAAUAAAUUUUAGCUUAUUUUUAUUAA